AUGGCCACAGGCUCACAGGAUCGCAGCCGCAGCCCACACAAGGCUCAGGAUGCCAAGAUCAUCGACGGUCGCCGCAUUGCUGCGGCCCUCAGUGAGGACGUGAGGGCAGCCACAUCAGAGCUGCAGACGAAGUAUGGCGUGACCCCAGGCCUGGCCAUCAUCGAGGUUGGUAAUCACAGCUUCGGUCAGCUCAUUGACUGCUUGAAGCCGGAAAAGGCGGAUGAGCAGAAGAUCAAUUUGUCCAACUUCGCGGAGCUCAAAGCAAAGAUGGCUGAGCGGUGCGGCAUGCAUGCUCAGAUCUUGCGUUUCAGCGAAACUGUGCAGCAAAGCCGCCUGCUGAAGAUCAUUGGUGACUUGAUGGAGGACGUGAACAUCCACGGUAUCGUGGUGGAGCUGCCUUUGCCACAGCAUUUAAAUGAAGUGGAGAUCUUGCAGGCCAUCGGUCCUGCGAAGGACGUGGAUGGGCUGUCUUUCUCCAAUCUCGGCCGCAUCUUGUCUGCGGGUGGCUACAAGUAUGGGGCAGAGCCCGAGGCUCGCCCAACUGUACCCAUGGGCAUCAUGGAGCUCCUGCUCCGUUCUCACGUGGAGCUCCACUCUAAGCACGCCGUGGUGUUGGGCCGCUCCAGCACGGUGGGAGCCCCCAUCGCCGCCCUGCUCACUGCCCACGACUGCACGGUUACAACGUGCCACAGUCAAACCAUCAAUCUGCAGGAGCACGUGCGGCGCGCGGACAUCUUGAUUUCCUGUGCCGGGCGCCCGGGCCUCGUGCGCGGCGACUGGAUCAAACCCGGGGCUGUGGUCAUCGACGUGGGUAUGAAUGUCGUCCCUUGCGCACAAAAGGGCCAGCGCAUCGUGGGUGAUGUUUGCUUCCAGGAGGCUCUGCCCAAGGUCUCGAAGAUCACCCCAGUGCCUGGCGGGGUUGGCCAGAUAUCGUUUGCCAUUCUGCUGCGCAACGUGCUGAACUUGGCUCGGCGGGCCAUGAGCCUGACACGGAUAGGAAUUGGCCCCAGUGGCCAUGAGAUGUUCAGGUGUGCCGACACAUUGCGAUAUCCCGAUAUUGGAUUGAAGGUUCCUCGGGUGCUUCUGCCUCGCAAAGGCCUAGACCUGACAAAGUGGUGCGUCAUCGCAUGCGACCAGUACACAUCUCAGCCGAAGUAUUGGGAAGAAGUCAAGGAGCUGGUGGGGGACUCGCCUUCUACCCUCAACUUGAUUUUCCCGGAGGUUUACCUGGGCGAUGCAGCAGCAAACCAGAAGAACAUCCGCAGAAUCAGGGACAGGAUGCACGAGUAUGACAGAGACCGAAUUCUGGUUCCGCAACACCCCGGUUUUGUCCUCCUUGAUCGGAAGACCCCCAAUGUUGCCAGUCGCAAGGGUUUGCUGGUCGCCCUGGAUCUUGACAUGUACAGCUUUGAAAAGGGCUCCCAAAGCAUAAUCCGGCCCACGGAGAAGACCAUUCCUGAACGACUUCCACCUCGCAUUGCCAUUCGUGAACAGUCUCCACUCGAGCUGCCUCACAUCCUAGUGCUCAUUGAUGACCCAAAGAAGACUGUGAUUGAACCUUUGUUCGAGCGUUGUGGUGACUUCCCCAAGCUCUACGACUUCGACCUGAUGAAGGGAAGUGGACAUCUGAAGGGAUUUCACGUGGCGCGGAGCGAUGCAGUGGAAGGCGUGGUGCGCGCGCUGCGAGCCCUGGCCUCCCGAGAACUUUUUGAGGAGCGCUAUGGUGCCUCCAAGGAUCAGGAUGUCAUUCUUUUCCCAGUUGGUGAUGGGAACCAUUCCCUCGCCACCGCCAAGCAGUGCUGGGAGAAUCUCAAGAAAAAGGGCGCGGAUCCCGAGAAUCACCCAGCACGCCACGCGCUUGUUGAGCUAGUGAACAUUCACGACCCGGGCAUGACUUUCGAGCCCAUCCACCGACUUGUCUUUAAUGUGGAUGUCAAGAAUGCCCUGGCAGACUUCCAAAGCAAGCUGGUUGAACUUGGAUGUGGCGUUCAGAUUUCGGAGGGCGCAUGUUUGCAGAACAUGAAAGCGCAGCCAGGACACCAGUACAUCGAGUUCAGGAGCAAGCGCAGCAGUGGUGUCAUCACCAUUCAAAACUCCAAGUUCGUGCUCGAGGCUGCCACGCUCACAACUUGGCUUGACCCUUACUUGGCUUCCAACACGAAGGCUACAAUCGAUUACGUGCACGGAGAGGAGGUCAUCACAGAGAUGACAGCGAAAGAAGGGACGUUAGCUUUUCUCCUUCCGAUUAUGGACAAGAACGACCUGGUGAAGACGGUCGUUCGAGAAGGAGUCCUCCCACGCAAAACCUUUUCCAUGGGAGCAGCAGAUGAGAAGCGCUUCUACUUUGAAUGCCAGCGCAUUGUCAUUGCUUCGCCACGGGAUCUUGCGCGGGCUUGGUUUGAGCCAGGACCAUCAAUGCUAGAAUGGCGCGCCGCCUGCGCUGCAGUCACAGUCCCGAAAACGGAUGGACACCCUCGGGAUCGAGUUUGGAUAAUCGGAGGUGUCAAUGAGCGCAGCGAGCGCCUGCGGUCAACUGAAUGGCUGGAUGUGGUCCCGUUGGAGCGGCGAAAAGUCCAGAGAUCACAGUCAGAGGACCACACUGGGAAGGAGGCGCCAGAAGCUGAAGCUCCAGAAGUCCAGGACGCUCCCGAGCUUGGCCCUGAAGGUGAAAGCAAAGGAAGUAAAGACAGCAAAGGGAGUAAGGACAGCGAAGCUGGAGAUGGUACAGAAACCGGCGAGACCGAGGAGAGCCUGCCUACCAAGGACAUACCUGCAGAGGCUGCAGAGGUGCCGGAGUCACCGGUUGCUUCUCUGAUCAACGAAGCCUUUCAGUCAGGCCCUUCUCUACUUUCGGCACGCUCUGGCACUGCUGCAGUUCGGCUGAGCGAUGCCGUUGUCCUUAUUGCAGGAGGUGUUGGCACAGAAGGCGAGGUGCUGGAUACGACCGAGUUCUAUGACUUCGACGGUCGAAAAGAUGAUCUGCAAGAAGGACCCCUUCUGUCCUGGGGCUGCGAUAGCCAGUUUGGUUUCAGCUACUUUGCGGCUUCUCGAGCGGCGUAA